AUGCAUCUUCAUGAUAAUUCAAAGUUAUCAAAUCGUAGAAGGAGAUAUUUUUCUGAAUCUGAGAAGGGAAAUGUUCAUUCAGAUGACUUUAUUAAUCAUAAUGGAUCACCAAGUAGAAGAUUUUUAGAAAAUGUCAUGGAAAAGCUUCAUAUUCGACCAAGAAGAUCUACCACAACAAGUAAUAUUUUUAAGUCAAUCCCUCAUAAAUUGGUUAAUUCACUUGAUGAAGAUUUAGGAUUUCCACCAGAGGAACAUGAAAGUCCACCUAGUGUUAUUGUUCCAUUACAGAGAUCUCUUCAUGAUGUUAUUGAGGAAGGUGUUGAUAAAGAAAAACCUAGAAGAGGAAGUAUGAAUAGUCAUAACAAUGGUACUGUUGCUACAUGUCUCCUACGACAGAAUCGUGUUAUUAAAUCUCAGGGAGUUUUUCUUGUUUUUCCACAAAAUAAUGAGCAGAAUAAUAUUGAAUACCUUACACCUUCUAAUGCUUCUUCUAAUCCUCAAUUAUUCAAUGAUAUUACAAAUGAGGGAGAUCUCUACAUAUCAUGUUCAAAUCUUCUAUCUGAAUGUUCUAUUAAUGAUAGUGAUUCAAAUAUAUCACCAAGAUGUUCUCCAAUAAUUAAUGAUCAAACACACCCAUUAUCACUUCAACAUCCUCCUUCAUCAAUUACUAAAAAAAGGCAUUCAUUGGCACAAAAAAUGAAAGCUACAUUUAAAGGAAGAAAUAGAGCAGCUUCAUUGUGUACAUCAACUUUACUUAGAGAUUCUAGCUCUGAACAAUUCAACAAUAACAAUACAAAUAUGUCAGAGGCCAUUCAAAUAUCUAACAAUACUAAAAAAUCAGGAUCUACUUCUGGAUUAUCUCAUUCAUUUAAAGCAACUAAUAUGAUGUAUAAUCGGCCUUAUCAAAAAUCUACUGAAGGUUUACCGGAAGAAAUUAGUCAUAGCCCCCGUGGUAAAGGAUUGCUUAUCAAAGAGUAG